AUGGCCGGGGUGGUGGCACUAGGGUGUAGGGCGGGCGGAAUGGGCGGCGAGCUGCUCGAGACACGAUGGCACACGCAGCAAUCGCGCCGCCGAGGACGGUCUGGUGCGACCGAGCCCAUCGUCAGUUGUCCACGCGAAGGCGCGGCGGACGCACGCCGCGGCAUGACUCCAAACCCCACGGAGAACCUCACUCAAUAUGACACGUACGAGAAUCAAACGUAUGGCGACGUGGUCGCGGCCGAAAUCGCCAGUGCGCUCUCUCUCUACUACACCCCCAUUCUGAUCCUGCUCGGCUCCAUCGGCAACCUCCUCUCCGUUUACGUGUUCUUCAACAGCAAACUGCGACUGCAAUCCACUAGUCAGUACCUAUCCGCUUUGGCUAUUUCCGACACGAUAUUCCUCAUCCAGCUGUUGGCGCCGUGGUUCAGCGCCGUGCAGCUCACCUCCAUCUUCUACACUGGCGGUUUUUGUCAAGUUUCCGUGUAUCUGUCGUAUGUGUCAUGUUGUCUGAGCGCUUGGUUAGUAAUGGCUUUUACGAUAGAACGCUUCGUCGCCGUCCUGUACCCGCUGCGACGCACCGCGUGGUGUACCGUGCGGCGCGCGCGCUAUGUGAUCAUACUGCUGUCGCUAUGCGCGUCCACAAUCAACUUGCCGGUAUUGAAGUUCGCUAUACCGACGCGGGACGACUGCAAUAUAGACAGACAGUACUUGGAACAUGCUGCCCGCUUCAAUCUGGUGGAUACGAUGCUGUCCUUCACGGUGCCUUUGAGUCUAAUCGUGCUGCUGAACGUGUGGAUAAUAAGGGGCGUCUGUCGAUUGGAGAAGGCUCGGAACCAGCUGAUGAAGUCUGAUCAGCCGGUGCUGGGUCAACGGACUAGACCGACCAGAGUCCUCGGAUGCCCACGCUCGCAACAGCGCGUCACUAGAAUGCUGCUUAUAGUUUCAUCGGUCUUCGUCUUUUUGAAUCUGCCCGCUUACGCCUUACGUAUCAUCGCCUACGCUUAUAACUUGGGCUCUGGGCAUCUAUCCGGCCAUUGGAUGGCACUCCAGCAACUAGCGAUCACCUUCUUCAACACCAACUUCGGCAUCAACUUCAUGCUGUACUGCCUCACUGGCCAGAACUUCCGCCGCGCCGUGCGACAGUGCAUCCCGUUCUUGCGUCAGAGGGCACGCCGUCAGGACGCCGUUCGCAGGACAGCAUCGCGACCAGCUCGCACCAGCAGCAUCUCUAGUCUGUCUGCAGCAUCGUUCGUCAGCAACUGCACCGAAGCAACCACCAACCUGCCCAGCACCUCCACUUGCGGAUCGAGGAGGCGUCGCCAAGAACCCUUCAUCACACGCUGGAAAUUCGACAACAGCAGGCAACGCAGGAACAACCAGUCUACCAACCCGUCGACCAACCAGUCUACCAACCCGUCGGCCAACCAGAGCGACAACAUCGAAAUGCGGGCCAUCAAUCAGCCAGGAGCCAUGUGA